AAUAGAGCUUUCCAGAGAGCUAAGCCGAAAAUAUAUGCAAUUUACUUGUACCAGAUGAAAGAACAUCCUUCUAAGGCUCGUUUCAUUCGAUAUUUUCAGACGUCUCUACUAUAGAGGAUCGAGUACGUUUAUUUUCAAAAUACUAAUUGCCAAGUCACGUGACAACUGCAGUGGAUAUAAAGUGUCGCUACAAUAAUCUGUAUAAGAACUACGUUAUCACGUUGUUUGGCGUUUUGUAAAUGGUGUUACGCCAUCUAUAUAUUUGGUCUCUUUUGGGAAGGGUAUGUAAUAGCCCUUCCGACGCAAAAUAUUCAAACACUCAGAUAAUCCAGAUGUGACCAGAUAUUGUGUUUCCAAUUUCCAAGGCGGGUAUACACCUUAAUGACAUUUGAAAACCAAAGAACAUGUAUUAUCGUGGGACACCAGGACCAUCCACAAAGAUACCUGCAACGAGUCGUACGCCAGCCAUGUUAAGGAAAGUGCGGCGUCUUGUAUACGCUUGAUACGUCGCUAGGAAACCUUCCUUCUUGUACAUUUUAUGUAUUAUGGAAAGAACGCGGUGAGGGGUGUUUGAUUGUUUUCAACAUGACUAUCUUUUGACGGAGACUUUUGCAGUGGAAGCUACGACGUUAAACUACCAAAAGUCAUCAGAUAUAGCAUGAUCGAUGGUGGCGACAUGGACUGUAACAAAGUCAUGCGCAGUGGAUUUCUUUAACAAAGCGAUGUCAAGAGACUCGGCGCCCUGUAGCUUGGAUAUCCUAUCCUGUUCAUGUGUAGACAUACUGUUCGUUCGUCAAACACAGAGACUUUGUGAGUUUAGUUUCGCUUGUCAUGAGGAUUGAAGUUAUUACAGUAUUAUCAUCUUUAAUUCUCUGCUCGCUUGGAAGAGUUUCCAGGAAGGCUGAUGAUCUGUUUCCAGUAUUUACAACGGAACCGCCGAGCUACGUGCCCUUUCUCAACUCCAGUGGAAUGGUCAUCUCUUGCUCUUUGACCGGACGUCCGGCUACAGUAGUGACCUGGAGAAAAGCUGAUGGCUCUCCACUUACAAAUAUUCCUCGAUUACGAUACAUUCGGUCGGAUGGAGCACUUCUUUUUCCACCUUUCCAUCCAGGAGAUUACAGACCGGAAAUACACAACGCCAUCUAUCGGUGUGUUUCUAGCAGCACAGUUGGAUGUUUAGGAUCAAGGGACGUUCGCGUGAGAGGAGUUGUUCCCGUGUCGUACGUUGUGGGCGUGUCUGACAGUAUUGUGACAAGAACCAAUACUGCAGUUGUCAGAUGUCAGGUUCCCACUGGUGUAAGUCAUUAUGUGGUGGUAUCUGCUUGGGAGAGCAACAACGGACAUUCUGUUCUACCUGAUGCUGAUCCAAACUUCAGCGGAGACAAAUACUUAGGCUUCUCUACGGGUGAACUUCACAUUCAUAAUGUCAGAAAUACGGACGAUAAACAGCGGUUCAGGUGUCAGGUGACAAACAUUCUAACGGGAGAGAGAACGUUCAGUUCAUCGUGGGCCAAACUAGUAGUGACAGAACCUCGUAACAAAUUCGCACCCAGAAUACAAGAAGAAGCCAACAUUGUGGAAGUACGUGAAAAACGCAUCGCCAAACUUCCCUGUGUUGCUCAUGGUCAUCCUAGACCAGAGUAUCAGUGGUAUCGCCUCGAGAGUCUGAAACUAAGGGCAGUCGAUCUGGGGUCAAGGGUGAACCUCUUACACGGGACCCUGAUCCUUCGGGAUACGAGAAUUAGCGACAGUGGUGACUAUGUAUGUGUUGCUAAAAAUUCCUUAGGUGAGCAGCGAACACAACGAACUCUUCUGGUAAGAGCUAAGCUAACUGUGACAAUCAGACCGAGGUCUCCAAGAUUACAAGUUGUGAAAUACGGAGAAAAAAUUGGUUUGAACUGUACAGUCAAUGGGAACCCUGUAGAAACGACUUACUGGAUAAAAGAUCAGACAGUGAAUAUAAAACAAACUCCUGAUAGGAGGUUGGAAAUAUCUUCUUUUGAAAAGGAAGACAGUGGCGUUUACCAGUGUUAUGCACAAAAUGAUGUCGAUUCUGCCCAAGAUCACGUGAUCCUGAAACUUGAAGAGAAACCACCCAGGUUAACAAAAGUGUUUCACAAGCAGUUGCUGAUGCCAGGAGCCGAGGUGUCUCUCAAGUGCGUGGCAAUAGGAUCACCCCUCCCACAAGUGUUUUGGACGCUAGAUGGAGCUGCCCUACCGUCGAACAGGCGAUUACAAACAGGAGACUUUGUCGAUGUGAACGGUACUCUCAUAAGUUUCGUUAACGUGAGUGACCUUCGUCUUGAGGACGGUGGAAACUAUCAGUGCCUAGCUAAUAAUCAAAUCGCCACAGCCACACAUGAGGCUAGAAUUGAUGUGAUUGGCCGUCCUUUCAUACGUCCAAUGGAAAACCUAACUGUUGUUACUGGCCGCUCUCUUGAAGUUAGGUGUCCUGUGUCCGGACAUCCUAUAGAAGAGGUCUACUUCAGGAAAGAUGGACGAACUAUUCCAACAACACAUAGAGUCAAGACACAAGAUUGGAUGCUUAUAAUCCGUGAAAUAAGAGCCGAAGAUGGAGGGCUUUACAGCUGUAUUGCUGAAAAUGGCCAGGGAGAAAAUGCAAUAAAAUACUUCGAGUUAAAAGUUCUUGCUGCUCCAGUCGUCAGUCCAUUUUCAUUUCCAAAGAAUUUAGAGGAGGGAAUGAGAGCAACAGCAUUAUGCACAGUCUUGGCCGGAGACUCUCCAGUCAGACUGGCUUGGUAUAAAGAUGACCAGCGUAUACAAGACAUCAGUGGCAACAUGAGAAUUGUGUCCAUCAGUGAAUUCAUCCUCUCCCUCAUCAUUGACACUGUUGACCGACACCACAAUGGAAACUACACGUGCGAAGCAAGAAACAAGGCAGCAUCUGUUAAUAUAAGUGCUGCUAUGUUUGUGAGAGCGUCUCCUCGUUGGAGAAUAAAGCCAACAGAAACACGUGUUGUCUUGAGCCAAUUGGUGAGACUCGACUGUCAGGCAGAUGGCCAACCCAACCCUGUAAUACGGUGGAAAUAUAGUAGAAAAAGAGGGUCCUCACACUAUAAAAACAUAAUUAGUGGACCACACAAACACGUGCUGGAGAACGGUUCUCUUACAAUAACAGGAGUUUUGAGUUCGGACUCAGGCUACUACAUGUGUGAGGCAGACAACAAUGUGGGCCACUCUUUAACCGAAACUGUUCCACUAAUAGUUCAAGUUCCCCCUCAGAUUCACACAAAUGAUGAAGUCGCGGAAGUUAAGAAGUCUGAAGAGGUUGUUCUUACGUGCAGCAUUUACGGAGAUGAUCCUCUCGCCGUGUUCUGGACGAAGAACCGAAACACCAUCUAUACAUAUAACACACUUCGCUACAAGAUCACCGAACAAGAACUGGGCUCUAAGAAAAUCGCCACGUUAAGAAUUAACCCAGCAGCAAGAGAAGAUUCUGGUGAGUUCGGGUGCACAGCUAGUAACCCUUACGGAAAGCACAGCAAGAUAUUCAACGUAAUUGUAAAGGAGCCGCCUGACCCCCCUGGCAGGAUCAAAGUGGAUCGAGUAACAGGCACCACCGUUUUGCUCUCGUGGGUGGCACCCUACGCAGGAAAUUCCCCUGUAACUUCUUACACAAUAAUUUACUGGAUUGAUAAAGAACAGAACGCCACCAAGUGGGAGUUAACCGUGUCUGACCCUAAGACUACAGCAACAAUAACUGAUCUCAGGCCAAAGACAACAUACCGUUUUAAAGUUGUUGCUGAAAACAGUAUCGGUGUCAGUGAUCAGCAAGAGGAACUGAAGUUUAUUACAGGGAUUGAAGCACCAAGAAACGCACCACGUGACGUCACAGUAAUUGCUCUAGAUAUCAGUUCUGUACAGUUGUCUUGGAGUUUUCCUCAAGGUGAUGAGUCAGUUGACACUAUUAACGGCUUCUACAUCGGACACAGGGAGUACAGAAAGAGAGGGUCGUUCUUGAAUCAAACGAUGCUGGUUAAUACUACAAACAACAGAUGGGAAUUUGUUGUUCGUGAGUUAAAGAGAGCAACUCUAUAUAGCUUCGUUGUCCAAGCUUUUAACGAUCAGGGUCCCGGACCGCAAUCGGUGGAGACAUUUGUCAGAACGUUGGAGUUUGAUCCACCUAAUACACCAAGAAUAAAAGUGUCGUCAUCAACUUCCACGAGUUUACAACUGAUGUGGGAACUAGAAACAGAUAACAACACUCCUGUUCGGAGUUUUAUCCUGAAUUACAAAGAAGAUGCUAAUUCUUGGCAGGAUGUUAACCUACCAUCCAAACCAUACUCUUACAUCCUGAACAAUCUUCGUUGUGGCGCCACCUACCAACUGUACUUGACUGCUUUCAAUGACAUGGGGAGAAGCGAUCCUAGCGAGGUUGUUAAAGUGGCAUUAGAAGGAACUAAACCAACAGCUCCACAGGUAGAAAAAUUUGUCGCCACGAACAGUUCAACUGCAAAAUUCAACUUGCUGACUUGGACAGACGGUGGUUGCCCGUUACGCUAUUUCAUUAUCCAUUAUAAACCUCAGUCCCAAAAGGAGUGGACGUUGUUGUCUAACCACGUGACUCCAGAUCAGAAGAACGUUGUUGUAACUGACCUACGACCAGGGACCUGGUACGACCUUUUGGUGAUAGCCCAAAAUGAUGCCGGCACCACAGAGGCUCAAUAUCGAUUUGCAACUCUGACAGUGACUGGAGCCACUAUAUCUCCUUAUGCUGCUGUGGACAUCGAACAGUCUUCAUUUAUAAAAGAUCCAGCUGUGGUGGUGCCUACUGUUUGUGCCAUCUUCGUCAUCUUGGUGAUUAUUUUAAUGUCUGCUUUAGUUAUUAUAUGGAGAAGAAGAGAAAGAGAACCUGACGCAGUUUCGAGAAAUUAUGGAAGCAGAGAGGACAACAUUUCCAUGAACUCUUAUGGAAAGAUAAAGAGUACUACUUCUACUGAUGCCCAGAGGGAGCCAGUGUAUUAUCCGUCUCAUUACGCAACCACGCAUACUCCAGCUGAGAAUGCAGACCGAGUUAACCACGCUACCAUAAGAAGGGUCAGAAGUAGGCCAUCCGACUAUACCUACGACAUCCCUCUUCGACAGCAGCACGUGGAAGACUCUAUGCACCAAUACUCGGUUCUAUGGACCAACUCCCACGCCGGUAGAGAACAAAUGUACGAGAAACAUAUUCGAGCUGCCCUCCCGCCAAACGUGCCAGACGACGUGGAAGAAAUAAGAAGCAAAGAUAUCACCAAAAGUGGGAUUCAUGUAUCUCUGGACAAGAAACCCACAUCGAUGGAGACAUCAGAAGAAUUCUCUGAAACAGAAUGUGACAGAGACCGCUACAUAGCCAGCGCUGAUACAUUGCAUCUUUCGGCUACGUACUAAACCAACAAACAAGAAGAAAAUACGUUUUAUUGAGGACCCCCACUAAGCAUACUGAUCUCUCAAGAACAGACAGCUAUUUACUAACCCAACGAACAAAAACGAAAAUACGUUCGGUUGAGGACCUCACUGAACAUACUGAUCUCUUAAGGAUGACUACAUACUAACCCAACGAACAAGGAUGAAUAGAUCAAUUCAAAAGAACGAAUAAAACAAGCGUCUGGACAGAAAAAAUGCUGUUUACAAUUUUUGUGUUGACAGACGAAUGUUACAAGGAUCAACUUUAAACAAAGCUCCAAGUUUCCAGCUGUAUCAGCCUCAUCUUGAUGGUAGAACCUGCGUACUUUGUCAAUUUCUACAGAUUGUAAUGUAGAAGAAAAAGUGCGAUUCCGUACUAUCCUUGCAUUCAGACACCCACAAUUUGUAUCUAAAUCCCUCAUCCACACUGUGAUGAUGUGUGCUUUUGAAUGACGAUACUUCUCAUAUUUGUUUUGUUAACUUUGAACAAUAAAUCUCUAAAAUCAAA